GUGCAGUGGGCGGGCCUAGCAGAGGUCCCUCUUCCGGGUGCAAGUCCACUCAGCGCUGACAGGUCUUCAGUCGGAGCCGGUGUGUGUGUGAUUCGCUGGAGGAGUGAAGUGCAGUGAGAAAGCAAUUCGGGAUCCAUGGCUUCCAGACGCAUGAACCUCACCAAUAUCUGCUUUCUGCUGCUGUAUGUCUCCGCGGCUGUGCUAGCGGGGCGUGAUUUCUACCAGAUUUUGGGGGUUUCAAGAUCAGCUUCCAUCAAGGACAUUAAAAAGGCUUACAGGAAACUUGCAAUGCAGUUACACCCCGACAGAAACCCCGACGACCCCAAAGCGCAGGACAAAUUCCAAGACCUCGGGGCCGCCUACGAGGUGCUGUCUGACGAGGAGAAGAGGAAGCAGUAUGAUGCGUACGGGGAGGAGGGGUUGAAGGAGGGGCACCACAGCUCCCAUGGGGAUAUCUUCUCCAGUUUCUUUGGAGACUUUGGGUUCAUGUUCGGCGGUAACCCGCGGCAACAGGACAGGAACAUCCCUAGAGGAAAUGACAUCAUAGUCGAUCUAGAGGUCACCCUGGAAGAAGUAUAUUCUGGGAAUUUUGUGGAAGUGGUUCGGAAUAAGCCUGUCGCAAAAGAGGCCCCAGGAAAAAGGAAAUGCAACUGCCGACAGGAAAUGAGGACGACGCAGCUGGGGCCCGGCCGCUUCCAAAUGACCCAGGAAGUGGUUUGCGACGAGUGUCCUAAUGUCAAGCUAGUGAACGAGGAGCGCACUCUGGAGGUGGAGAUUGAGCAAGGGGUCCGAGACGAGAUGGAGUACCCCUUCAUUGGGGAAGGUGAACCGCACAUAGAUGGGGAGCCAGGAGACCUAAGGUUCAAGAUUAAAGUGAUGAAGCACCCCGUUUUCGAGCGGAGGGGAGAUGAUCUCUACACGAAUGUGACAAUCUCGCUGGAGGAGGCUUUGGUGGGAUUCGAAAUGGACAUCACACACCUGGACGGACACAAGGUGCACAUUAUCCGGGACAAGAUCACAAAGCCAGGCGCUAAGCUGUGGAAGAAAGGAGAGGGCCUGCCCAACUUUGACAACAACAACAUCCGCGGCUCACUGAUCAUCAGCUUCGACGUGGAGUUCCCACGAGAGCAGCUCUCCGAGCAGCAGAGGAAGGGUAUCCGAGAGCUGCUGAAACAGGCGUCGAUACAGAAGGUUUACAACGGGCUGCAAGGCUACUGACCCCAAGCAAAAGGGACUUUAUAGAACAUAAAAAACAUGCAUUCUGGGGUUGUAUUUAUUAUCAUCAAUCUGUGCAUUUUUGUUUUUUAAAUGUUUUGAAAGUUUUUUGUUUUUUUUUGAGAAAAAAAGUCCUGUUUUCUUAAAAUCUGUACAUUUCGUAAAGGGUUGGGGGUAGGUUAGAAAGGGGAGGUUGAAGAAUAUUUGAACCCUUUUAAAAGUGGAACUGGAAGGUGCAGGUGUUACUCGCUGGCCUCUGAAGCCCAGCUGUUGUUCUCACGCCACCCCUACAGGUCCCGCCAGCCCCAGGGGGUGCACCGAAGGACCCCCGUUUACAAGCGCACCACACCCUAGCCCACCCCCUGCUAGCUGCAGGACUGAUCACCAGCAGCUGGUCCCUCAAACAUCAACACUGCUAAACACUUCUCCCCCACCUCUCCUCGGUCUAAGACUCCUUUGAUACUUUUUUUUAAAUGUUGGCCCAUUUAUUUUCCUUUUUUAGUUUAUUUAAUUUUAUUUUAUUUUUAAACAUGCCUUUGAAUGGUUGGGGGUUGCUAAUCAAAUUGUAUUUUGUGUGUGGGUAGGGGGUGUGUGGGGCUCCCAUACUGUAAGAGCAUCUCUUACAAAACAAAAUAAAUAAAAAUCCAGAGAUAGCGUGCAGGGAAGAACGCUGCUGAAUAUCCACAGGCUCCACACGCUGCCCUCUCCUAGCCCCUCACUGCUCCAGCAGCAGUCUGGCUGUGGACUCCUCUUGUCUUCACUGUCAUGUCCUAGUUUAACCUGCGCUGCAUUGGGUCCAGCGCCCUCAUUGAGGCAUCCAAAAUAGCACAUUAAGAAUGUAAACCUUUUCUAGAAUGGCAUAAUAAAAUGUAAUUUUCACCUCAAAACUACAAUUAAACAGUUUGUAAUAAUUCUAA